UCAACACAAAGAGCGGAAAAUAACUUUUGGCCGAUAUUUUUAUUAUGAAAUGAAAACAAAAUUGUUGCUUGAAUGAAAAAAUUUAGUCGAUAACAAGCUUGCGAAUCGUUCACCGUAAUUAACAAACACGGCAGAAACGGAUAGUCGCAUUUCGAGAUUGGUAGGUGAAGUAAUGGAAAAUCUAGAUACCGAAUUUGACAAGUACACAAAAAUAUGGAGCGGACCGAAAGCAAAAUAUUUUUUCGAUGCAGAUUGUUCGAUUGGAAAAAUAUUGUUUGCAUUUAUGCGCAAUAAUCCAAAUAAUAUAUGUCAGAUAUCUGACGCAGAUGGCACGGCACUGACGAAUUCUGAAGCUGUCUCUUUCGCAGUACGCAUAGCACAACAUCUGCGAACGAUGGGCUUCAAACAAGAUGAUGUUGUUGGUAUAGCUGGUGGUAAUACAACUUAUGUGAUGCCAUUAGUUUUAGGAUGCCUGCUUAAUUGCACUCCGUUUCAUGCAAUAAGUCCACAUAAUGAUGAAGAUACAAUAAAACACCUGUUCAGCAUUACACGGCCGAAAAUUAUAUUUUGUGAUGGAAAUAUUUACGAUCGCUUAAACAUUAUUAGUAAAAUAUUAAAUGCUAAAGUUUUUACUUUAAAAUAUCACAGAUGGGAUUUACCUAAAAUUGAGGAUUUAUUGGAACCGACAAAAUCUGAACUAUUUUAUACCCCUGAGAUUCUAAAAUUAGGUGGUGAUCAGACAGUUGCUAUACUAAGCACUUCCGGUACUACAGGACCACCUAAAGCAGUUUGUAUAUCAAAUACGGCAUGUUUAUUUGAUUAUGGCUUUGUCACAGCUCAAGAUGUACUGCUUGCAUUCAAUACAAUUGACUGGGCUCCAGGCAUGUUUAGUAUGCUAUUUAGUUGUGGACAUGGUUCCACACGCAUUAUUACAGAUAAACCUUAUUCACCUGAUUAUUUACUGGAACUCGUGAAAAAGUAUAAAAUAUCGAUUUUAACAUUAUCACCGCAACAUGUAAGCCGUUUGAUUAAAUGCUCACUUGUAACUGCAGAAAAAUUGAAUAGCAUACGCUUCCUUAGCAUUGGAGGUGGUAAUUGUUAUGUGCCGAAUUUACUGAAAUUGCAAGCCCUACUUAAUGCAGGAUUUGUGUCUUAUGGCUAUGCGCUUACCGAGUGUGGUGGUGUUUCAGCAAAUAUGGGCACAAAUAAACCAAGUUCUGUUGGCAAAUUGGUGCCGGGCAUAAAAUUGAAAAUACUCGAUGAGGCUGGUCGUAGUCUUGGUUAUGGUGAAACGGGAGAAAUAUUGGUGAGCAACGGCAAAUUAUGGAAUGGCUACUAUGCCAAUCCAAAUGAAACCAAACAUAUGCAAGAUUACCAAGGUUGGUAUCAUACUGGGGAUCUAGGUUAUGUUGAUACAGAUAAUUAUUUGUAUGUGGUUGAUCGCAAGAGGGAUGUGUUAAAAUUUCACGGUAUGCAAUAUUGCCCAAAUGAAAUUGAAGAAGUCGUAGCUGAAUUACCGGAUGUUGUAGAAGUUUGUGUUUUCGGUCUGUGGAAUGAUUUUGAUGGCGAUGCAGCUGCAGCAGCGGUAGUUAAACUGAAAAGCAGUAAACUAAGUGAGCAGGAAGUAGUAGAAUAUGUGGCAAAACGUUUAGUUGUUUCACACAAACAAUUGCAUUGUGGUGUAUUCUUUGUAGAUGAACUACCAAAAACUGGCAGUGGUAAAAUAUUAAGAAAUCAAGCAAGAGAUUUAGCUUUAGGCAAAAAAUGGCAAGUGCAAAAAAAUGGUUACGAAAAAUGGUAGUUUUUAGUUCUUGUGUGUAUAAUUUUGUUUCUAUGAAAUUACAAAAAUAAACGAAUUU